UAUUAGCACGUGUGAACAGAGGAGAAUCUACAAAAUGCUGCGUCGGGAGAUCAGGCUGAGGAAGGAGUAUCUAUAUCGGAAGGCGCAAGAGGAUAGACUGCGCUCUAUUGAGGACAAAAAACAAAAACUCAAAUCUUCUUUGGAUGAGAACCGUCUCAUCCCGACUGAGGUGCGUAAAGAAGCGUUGCAGCUGCAGAAACUGUUGGAAUUUGACGAUGAGGGCGGAGAAGGUGUCAGCUCCCACAUGGAUGAUGAAUAUAAAUGGGCCGGAGUGGAGGACCCUAAAGUCAUGGUCACAACAUCCAGAGACCCCAGCUCAAGGCUUAAGAUGUUUGCCAAGGAAGUAAAGCUGCUGUUUCCAGGAGCACAGCGUAUGAACAGAGGAAAUCAUGAAGUUAACACGUUGGUACAUGCCUGUAAAGCCAACAGUGUCACUGAUCUGGUUAUCGUGCAGGAAACAAGAGGACAGCCAGAUGGGCUUGUUGUGUGCCACCUGCCGUUUGGGCCUACGGCCUACUUCACUCUGUACAAUGUAGUGAUGCGACAUGACGUCCCAGACAUAGGCACAAUGUCGGAAGCUUUUCCACACCUGAUCUUCCACAGCUUCACCUCCCGCCUGGGCAAACGGGUGUCAAACAUCCUGAAGUAUCUGUUCCCUGUACCCAAAGAAGAUAGCAGGAGGGUAAUUACAUUUGCCAACAAAGAUGACUUCAUCUCCUUCAGACACCACACAUAUAAGAAAACAGAUCACAAAAAUAUUGAGUUGACAGAAGUGGGGCCCCGAUUUGAAAUGAAAUUGUACAUGAUCAAGCUGGGUACCUUGGAGAACGAGAACACCGCUGACGUGGAGUGGCGACACCACGCAUACACGCGCACAGCCAAAAAGAAGAAGUUCCUUAGCGUGGAAUGAACGAAACGCUCAUUCUCACAGUGAUGAGAGUUUAGCUAAGCGCUGGGUUAGAGGAACAGCCCGCCUAAGGCACGGAGACCUUACUCUGCACUGAAUUGUCUCAGUGCAAUUAAUGACUGUGCACACACUUUUUGCAUGUCCUACAUCAAAGCAAUCA